UAAGAACAUAACAGAAGUAGUAGUAUGAGUGAGAAAUGUCAUUGUUAACAAAAAGUGUCGCUUGCAGAGAAAGAGAGAGCUGAUCUGUCUUCGUCGUCGACGAGCGUGUGUUUUAUCUACGAACUACUUUCUGUUGUGGGUUCGUUCUUCUAAUGUUUACAAGCAACGUGCAUAGACGAUAUUCUCUGAGGGGGGCUUUCCAAACAUGUGCACUUUUCUGAAACUCCAAGCCAGAAGAGAAAGAAGCCGCGAUAUUGAUGAAGGAAAUUUAUGAGAUAGCAUUUAUUCUCAGCCAUCCUUCUUAACAUAAAAGUUUUCUUUACAUAGUUUUAUAAAAGAAACUUGCGAGUUUAAACAUCAGUAAGAAAACAUGAGUCAUUAGGAAAAUAUCUGUAUACACUCAAUCCUAACCAGCCCUUUUAAAUAAAACAAUGGGGGUGUGGGGUGUGUUCGGAUCUUUCUCCACCUUCUCCCGUCUAACUUCAGCAGCCAAUGAUGACUGGGUUGAUCGCAUGAGCCAUAUAUACUCAUCGGUUGUCCUUGUUCUCUUUGCAAUAGUAGUCACUACAGGCCAGUUGGUUGGUGACCCAAUACACUGUUGGUGCCCAGCCCAAUUCACAGGAGCAUAUGUUGCCUAUACCAAAUGGAUAUGCUGGAUUUCAAAUACUUACUAUAUUCCAAUGUCAGACACGAUUCCUGUUAAUAUUAAUGAAAGAGAAGACAGACAAUUAACAUAUUACCAGUGGGUGCCUUUAAUUCUUCUUUUUCAAGCUCUUUUGUUUAAAGCCCCAAAUUUGCUCUGGAGAAUUCUUCAUGGCACCUCAGGCGUUAAUUUAGACAAGCUUUGUGAAUUAGCAGAGAAGACUCAAUAUGGUUCACCUGAUGAUCGCAAAAAAACUAUCGAGCACAUAGCAUAUUUCAUGGAUCGUUGGCUUGAUUCUAAUCGUAUUUACCAUUGUAAUUUUGUUGUGAAAACUCGCCAAAAGUUUGCCAAAAUUUGCUGCUGCUUCUGUGGUAAACGUGAAGGAACAUAUUUAUCUGGUCUUUAUCUCACUAUUAAAGUCUUAUAUCUUGUAAAUAUCAUUGGACAGUUCUUUAUGUUAAACAGUUUUCUAUCAACUGAUUUUGGCAUCUAUGGUUUCCAAGUGAUGCAACACUUCAACGAAUAUGGUGCUUUUAAAGAAUCACCACUAUUUCCACGAGUCACUUUGUGUGAUUUCAGUAUUCGACAAAUGACUAAUCUGCAACGAUUUACUGUCCAAUGUGUCUUGCCUAUUAACCUGUUCAAUGAAAAGAUUUUUAUUUUCCUUUGGUUCUGGUUUGUUUUUGUGGCCGUUUUAGCUUCAGCAAACAUGAUAAGUUGGCUCUAUUACAUGAUUUACCGACGUAACAAUGCAGCAUACGUUAAGAAAUACUUGAAACUUUCAGCUACUCCACUAAUCAAUAACGAUAAAAAACAAUAUAGAAACUUCGCAGAUAACUAUUUACGCAAUGAUGGAGUCUUUGUCUUAAGAGUAAUAGGUAAAAAUUCAACUGAUCUAGUCUUGACAGAUUUGGUGAAACAGUUAUGGAAGAUUUUCAAAGAGAAGCCAACUAGUUAAGAAUGCUUCCUUUAAAUGAAGCAAUCACUUUAAAUUGUAAAUGCAAACCAAUAAUUUCAAUAAAGGAACCCCACCAAACAGUUUGAUAUUUAUAAUAGUUGUAAACUUCUAUUUCAAGGCAAUCUGCAGAAAUUUUCUGACACUUCCAAAAAUAUAUCUAAAAAUUUUUAACCUUAACUAGUAUUCAUUUGUUUCUUAAAUAAAUAAAUUUGAAAUUAGUUUCAUAGUUUUAUAUCACAAGACUGUUCUUCCAUAUUCAAAGAACUGUUAGUAAUUUCUGUAGUUGCCAUUUUAUAUACUCAGCUUAUCAGAUUUUCCUGUUAUGUAAAAUCCUCUGUAGUGUUCCAUAAUAUUCUAUGUUGAUAUUUUUUCCAUUUCAUUUAGUGAAAAAAAAUCAAAAAAAGUAGAACUUUUUUUUAAAAUUUUUGUCUCAUUGCAUGAUUUCACUUUGUGUUUUUUUCCUUCUAUUCAUUUUUUCCAUACCAAUUUAUGUAUUUUGAAUUAAGACAUUUAUACAUUACAUAUUCCAACUAAGGCAUUUAUUAAUAUCCAUUUGUACUUGUAGAGUGUAGUAUAAUACUAUGCAUAAAAAUUGUGGUGUAUAUUCUAUUAAGCUGCUAUCUAAAGCAUAAUUUUAGAAUAUAAAACUGUUGUGAUAAACCUUCAUCAAGUUACUGAUUCUUUUUUUUUCUUUCUCUCCACUGGUCAUACAUUUUUAAAAAUAAAAUAUCGGUAGUCCAUUUUUAAAAAAUAUAUUUUUGGGACUAUUUGCAGGAUAUGCAACAUCGAUCCAUUGUGUGAAUUAUUAAAUUUUUAUUCAUAGUGGUUUUGAUUUUUUUUUUUUUUUUUUCCUGGUAAAAGAAUUAGAAACUCCCUUCUCAUUUGUAGCUGGUAUCUAGCUCAAAAUUUCCAUAAUAAUUAUCAGUGUUUUUAAUCUUUUCAUUUGAGAUCAACAGACCAAAGAAUACAUUUUACCCUUCUCCAGUAAUUUGUUGGUGUAAGAAAUGUCAUUUUCACAUAACCUGUCUGAAAUAUCCUGUACCUUCAUUUAUCAUCAUGUUUAAUUUGAAACACACAGUGCUAUGGCUUUGCUGAGCACUGCAACAAUUUGUGUAAUUUCUGGGGACUUGUAUAUUAAAUUGUGGUUUUUUUUUUGUUUGUUUACUAGUUUUUCAGUUGGUUGAUUCAUGUCUUUGCUAUUAUGCAAAAUACUUGUAAAGUUAACUAGCUUAUGUAUAAGCUAUAUCUAACUUGGAAUAGUUGGGCAUUUGUCCUAGCUUUGCAGUAUCUGACACAUUCCAUUUUGGGAUAAUGUGUAUCUAAUAAAAAGACUACAUUACUAUAUAUUCUACUAUAGUUAUUUGUGACAAUACAAUCAUCUUAUCAAAUCUAAAGAUUUGCUAACCCCAUCCCUUUUGUGUUUCCAGCUGGGUUGUCAACAUCCAGUCUCAUCACGCAAAACUAGUUUACUGCUGUUUGUUACAAAUCACCUAUUUCCGGGUUAUAUUUCCCACCCCACAUUCCAUUAGCUGGAAAUGAAUGGAACCAUUAAAAGAGCAUUUAACACUUGGUUAAAUGAAUAUUAUACAAGUUUUCAAUUUUAAAAACUUUUUUAAUGUUUAAAACUGGAACAAUUAGCUUAGUCUGUGUAAUAAUGUCUUCAUAAUGUACAAGAAAUUGUAUGCAUAUCUGUUUCAUUGAACUCCUUUACAAGACACUUUCCCUUGUACAUUAUUACCCGUCCAAAUAUCUUUAUUUUUGUAAAGAAUUGUUCCUUAUCUUCAUUCCUCUUAAAAUAUAUAUAUAUAGCUGUGACUGGUGAAAUCUCACUAUUUCUGUAAUGAUUUGGGCUGGAUGAGGGACCAAUUUUGUAAAGUAAACUGUAAUUUUGUAUUAAUAAAAGAUUUAAGAACA